CUCAGCUCAGCUCUGUUUUAUGUUUCUCCAUUGAGGGAAAUUAAGGAGGUUUCUCAGGAGGAAGGAGGAGGAGGAGGAGGAGAAGGAGAAGGAGAAAAAUGUCUGAUCGAUUCUUUCCCAAUUUAAUGCCAGAUUUUGUAUCGGAAGCAAGUCCAUUUCUAGCUCCUCAAUCAGAAAAAGAAGAGACUAGUGGAGAUUCCCUUAUGAAGCUUCUUUCUAUGCCUUACCCUUCUCUCUCUCAGAGAUUUCAACGCGCUGCUUUGGAUCUCAAAGAAACCAUAGUGAUGGAGACAUGGGGGGUGAAUGCGCAGAGCGUGCAAGACUUCACUCUCUAUAGUGGCAGUCUUGGCACCGCUUUCUUCCUUUUAAAAACUUAUCAAGUUUCCAAUAAUAAAAAUGAUCUCUCUCUCUGUCUACAGAUUGUUAAGGCUUGUGACUCCGCUUCUCUUGCUUCAAGGGACUUGACUUUUAUAUGCGGAAGAGCUGGUGUUUGUGCUAUUGGGGCUGUAGCAGCAAAGCACGCGAAUGAUGAAGCAUUGAAAAAUUACUAUCUCAACCAAUUUGGAGAGGUUAAGCUGUCAAGAGAUCACCCUGAUGAGUUAUUAUAUGGAAGAAGUGGCUACUUGUGGGCGUGUUUGUUCUUAAACAAACAUAUAGGCGAGGGCACUAUCCCUCCCACAACAAUUCGUGCAGUUGCAAGUGAAAUAAUCAAGAACGGGAGGGAGUUGGCCAAGGAUGGAGGACCCCCACUAAUGUACGAAUGGUAUGGAGAGAGGUAUUGGGGUGCUGCUCAUGGAUUGGCAGGCAUUAUGCAUGUUUUGAUGGAUGUAGAGCUGAAACCAGAUGAGGUUGAGGAUGUUAAGGGUACCCUUAAUUACAUGAUCAAGAAUCGUUUUCCUAGUGGAAACUAUCCCCCUAGUGAAGAAGAUCGCAAGAGGGAUGUUCUUGUGCACUGGUGUCAUGGAGCUCCCGGUGUUGCCCUCACACUUGUCAAGGCAGCUAAGGUUUUUGGAGUCGAUGAAUUUCUGCAAGCUGCUGUAGAUGCAGCAGAGGUAGUGUGGAAUCGUGGCCUGCUCAAGCGAGUUGGUAUUUGUCAUGGCAUCAGUGGGAACGCAUACGUAUUCCUCUCAUUGUACCGAAUGACUGGCAAUUUAGAGUUCUUAUACAGGGCCAAAGCGUUUACAAGCUUUCUACUUGAUAGAGCUCACAAACUUAUAUCUGCAGGAGAGAUGAAUGGAGGUGAUAGCCCCUACUCACUGUUCGAAGGGAUUGGAGGUAUGGCCUAUCUUUUUCUAGAUACCACUGAACCCUCCGAAUCUAGAUUCCCUGCUUACGAACUCUGAAACUCUGUAUGAAUUUUUGAUAUACUUAAGUUUUUAGUUUGGUUGUAUGUUAAUAUUACUGUUUCUUCUGUACGUUCUUUUGAAUUGCAUAUGUGAAUGUACCUUUCAUGUUUUUUGUCUUA